AUGGGCUUCCUGUGGUUUGUCUCCUGUUUGGCCUUUAUUAGUGCAGCUUAUGGCUGCGGUGUUCCUGCUAUCAGACCCGUUAUAAGUGGCUACAACAAAAUUGUCAAUGGAGAAAAUGCCAUUUCAGGUUCUUGGCCAUGGCAAGCAUCCCUGCAGGAUAGGACUGGAUUCCACUUCUGUGGGGGUUCCCUAAUUCAUCAGUACUGGGUCGUAACUGCUGCCCACUGCAAUGUCAAUCCUUAUUCUCAUUUUGUUAUUCUUGGGGAGUAUGACAGAUCAUCUAAUGCCGAACCAGUUCAAGUGCUCAACAUUGCUCGGGCCAUCACACACCCAUACUGGAAUCCCCAGACUAUGAACAACGAUAUCACACUGCUAAGACUGGCUUCUCCUGCACAGAUUAACUCUCGUGUAUCACCUGUAUGUCUUCCUAACUCUAAUGAUGUCAUCACAUCAGCCAUCACCUGCAUUACUACUGGAUGGGGAAAAACAGCUACAGCAACAUCACCUGGUAAGCUGCAGCAGGUGGCUGUGCCCAUAGUGUCCGUAGCCCAGUGCCAGGCUUACUGGGGUAGCCAGAUCACCAGUGCCAUGAUCUGCGCUGGGGGUGCCUCAGCCUCAUCCUGUCAGGGUGACUCUGGUGGUCCACUGGUCUGUCAGAAAGGUGACCCAUGGUACCUCAUUGGAAUCGUCUCCUGGGGAACACGUGACUGCAAUGUGAGAACCCCUGCCAUGUACACUCGUGUCACCAUGUUCCGCAGUUGGAUUGAUCAGACUGUUGCUUAUGGUCAAUAAAUUGCUUUAUUAAAAUAAAUGAGCAAAUUAUUUAAUG